UCGGGGCCGAGCCGCAGAGCCAGGAGGAGGAGGAGCGGGAGCAGCAGCCUGGAGGACAGCAGCCGUGGAGCUCGCCUCUUGCUCGCCGCGUCCAGACGACCAAGGGGGGUCCCGUCCCGCGGAAAAAGCGCGCCCACACACGGCCCUCGCCCGGGAGGCUGCCUCCGGCGCCUUUGCCUCCCUCCCCGAGGGGGACCCCGCGGCCGUCGCGCCCCUUCGCUUGGCCAGCCGCCCCGAGCCUCCGGCUGCUGCUGCUGCUGCAGGAAAGAGUUGUCGUUCUGGUGGCGUGUGUUGCUUUGAAGUCUACUGCUCCAUUUCUACAAAGAAGAGCUUUGUGAACGCCGGAGGCUUGCAUUCAACUUCCUGUUGUGGAAGUUAGUCCACAAGAGGUCCUUUUAAUUGUAACACUGGCUUCGUCAGUCAUCUCACGAGGAGCGCUCUGCUUCUACCAGCAUGGCGGACGAAGAUCUUAUUUUUCACAUGGAAUGUCUCAGCAAUGCAAAGAUAGGAAAAGCUGUCCAGGGGAACUAUCAUGAUGGCGACAGUGAUGAGGAAGAUAGUUAUUACAUCUGCCCCAUAACAGACGAUCAUGACCCUGUCUUGAACAAGGCAGGGACUGAGAGGGUCAACAACUAUUACAGAAACCUGGCCAAAAAUGAUCAGUACUCGUCCAGCGCGUCUCCUCGGAGUUCUUUCAAUAUCAGGAAUGGCAGUCAGCGACACUCUAAGCAUGGCUGUUUGGUUGACCGUAGCCGGGAAGCCUGGAAGCAUGCCAUCGAGAAGGCCAAGCACAUGCCUGACCCUUGGGCAGAAUUUCAUCUGGAAGAGAUUGAAACAGAACACGCCACGCGAUACAGAUAUAACGCUGUCACUGGGGAGUGGGUCGAGGAUGAAGUUCUGAUCAAAAUGGCUUCACAGCCUUUCGGCCGCGGAGCAAUGAGAGAAUGCUUUAGAACGAAAAAACUGUCCAAUUUUUUGCACACUCAGAAUUGGAAAGGUGCCUUUAACUAUGUGGCCAAACGAUACAUCGAAACAGUCAGCAGGGAUGUGUACUUUGAGGAUGUACGACUCCAAAUGGAGGCCAAGCUGUGGGGAGAAGAGUAUAACCGCCACAAGCCCCCCAAACAGGUGGACAUAGUCCAGACCUGCAUCAUUGAAAUGAUGAACAGACCGGGGAAACCCUUAUUUCACUUGGAACAUUACAUUGAAGGCAAAUACAUCAAAUAUAACUCAAACUCAGGAUUUGUACGAGAUGAAAACAUCCGCCUCACCCCACAGGUCUUCAGCCACUUCACUUUUGAACGCUCAGGACACCAGCUGAUUGUCGUCGACAUCCAGGGAGUCGGAGACCUUUACACAGACCCUCAGAUCCACACGGAGAGCGGCACAGACUUCGGAGAUGGCAACCUAGGUGUUCGCGGAAUGGCCUUGUUCUUCCAUUCUCACUCCUGCAACAAGAUUUGCAAAAGCAUGGGGCUCACGCCGUUUGAUCUGUCUUCCAAGGAGAAAGAUGCCUUAUUUCGAAGCGAGAAACUGCUUGAAUCUGCUCAGACUGUUGUGCGAGGCACAGAAGAAAAGUGUGGCAGCAGCCGUGUAAGAACGGUCUCGGGCAGCCGUCCUCCUCUUCUUUUCCGGUUGUCCGAAAACUCUGGAGACGAAAGCAUGAGUGACGUGGCGUUCGAUUCGUUGCCCUCCUCUCCUUCGUCGGCCACACCCCACAGCCAAAGGAACGAGCAUCUUCACUGGCCUGUGUUCAAUGAAGUUGAUAAUUUGGUUCACCAUGAUCAUGAAGGUCUUGACAAUCAAAGGGACUGUGACAAUGGAGGAGAUAGUGGCUACCCCAGUGAAAAGAGGAGUGAACAGGAGGAUGUGGAUCAUCGAGAAAAAGGGCAUUCCAACUGCAACCGAAGGCAUGAAAACGAUGAAGACAGUUUGGGCAGUUCUGCAAGGGUCAGUGUGGAGAAAUGGAAUCUCUACAACGCGGCCAGAAUUCACAUUCACAGACCCUCCUGUGUUGCGGUGGAAGUGCAGAGACUCAGUGCCUUGGAGCUUGAGAAGAAAAUUGGGAAGUCCAUCCUUGGGAAGGUUCACCUGGCCAUGGUGCGUUACCACGAGGCUGGCCGCUUUUGUGAGAAAGACCAGGAAUGGGAUGAAGAAUCGGCUAUUUUUCACCUGGAGCACGCAGCCGACUGUGGGGAGCUGGAAGCCAUUGUUGGGCUAGGACUCAUGUACUCUCAGCUGCCACAUCACAUUCUCUCUGAGAUGACGCUGAAGGACAACAAAGAAAAUAAAAUCAAGGGAUUUAAUUAUUUACUGAGAGCAGCAGAAGCUGGAGACCGGCCUUCUAUGAUCAUUGUGGCAAGAGCAUAUGAUACAGGCCUGAACUUGGCUCCUGAUAGAGGAAGGGACUGGAAGCAAGCCUUGUAUUGGUACAAUGCUGCACUGAACAUGACGGAUUACGAUGAAGGAGGAGAAUAUGACGGGAUGCAAGAUGAGCCUCGGUAUCGCCUCCUAGCAAGGGAAGCAGAGAUGCUGAUGAGUGGAGGAUUCAACCUGGAGAAAGAUCCACAGAGAUCAGGUGAAUUGUAUACAGAAGCUGCUGAAGCUGCUAUGGAGGCCAUGAAGGGCCGGUUGGCCAACCAGUACUACCAGAAAGCCGAGGAAGCCUGGGCCAUGAUGGAGGAGUGAAACUUCGAAGAGGAACUGUUUUCUUGUAUAUAUUAGAUAGACAUGUUUUUAAAAGACUCUCUAUUUUGUUCGAGGCGACAGAGGGGUGGGUUGGGGAACGUGACAAAGGGAGCUAUUUUUUAUGUGUUGUUAACAGAUCUUGCGUUUUUCAUAUGAUGAUUUUUCUAACUUUGUUGCAACUGAGAGACAAACCGAAGCGGUGAAAUGUACUGCCGACGACAUUUCGGAACUGCAGUAUCAGUUGUUGAUAUUUUUGUAAAAAUUGUCCAACCAGGAAAACCUUUUUUCUUCACUAGGAAGAAAUAAAGCUUGGUGUCAGGGCUGAAGUUGUCAUUUUCUGGUAGGCGCGACUGAGAAGCUGGGCCAGGCGUGCGUCUUACCUCCAUCCCAGCCCUUGCAAAAGGCGGAUACUCUGUGCUUGGGUGUUUUUGUUACAAGUGCAUCUCUGUCUUGGGUCGGGAGUUGAAUUCUGCAGUGUAGGGCCUAGCUGUAAGGAGGUGGCUUGUGCCAGAAGAUGAUGAUCCCCUAUUCCCAGUGUUCCUCAAAUCUGUGGAGAGAAGCAAGAAGACCACCAUCUGGGUUUGGAAGCCUUCUUGUUUAGAGCCGUUUCGUUAGGCUCAGUGUCUGUGACUAACCCAAGGCCACCCAGAAAGUUUCAUGGCUCAGGGAGGAGUUGGAACUGAGGUCUUCUCCAUCCUAAUCGAACCACCAAGUCACUCAGAAGCAUCAAAUAGUGAUGGCAUCCAAAGGAGGAACUCCCUUUUUUCACAUGAUAGCUGGCACUUGUAGAUUAUGGAGGAUAGUGGCAUACCUGUGCUCCUUCCUUUCUUUCUUCCUACCUACCUAUCUGUAUCCCCCUCCGCCUUUUUUCUUGCCAGGAGAGAUUUUUAAAAAAGGUAAAAUUGAAUACAUGUGGCUCAAAUCAUGGCAGAAUUCUCCUAUCUUUCCUGGAGGGGGUUUGAGCAGAAACAAUUUAUUUCAAAAUACAGUGGUGCCUCGCAAGACGAAAGUAAUUUGUUCCGCGAGUAGCGCUGUCUUGCGA